AUCUGGUCAACAUACACACUGCCCUAUCAUGCCGAACUCCACGGGAUCGAGGCUGGUCUCCUAUGCUUCCGUAGCUCUGACCACGCUUCUGCUGCGGUGCUCGGGAUUCACGAUGACGGCUGCCCCCAAGGGUCCUCCAACGAGCGCGAGCAGAGGGGACUUUUUGAAGAGCGCAGCGAUUGGCAUCCUUGGAGCCGGCGUCGGAAUAUCGGCGGCAAGCGUUGCGGUCGGACGGCCGGUGCUGGAGAGUGCGGAAGCAGCGGCGGAUCCCUUGGUGGAGACAUACUGGGGGAACGGCUGCUUCUGGCAUGUGCAGCGUGAGAUGAUCAGGGCAGAGCAGGCUAUCCUCGGCAGGUCCACCGAUGAGCUGACUUCCUACGCGGGCUACGGCGGGGCGAAGAAAAACUUCCAAGGGGACAAGCUGUGCUACCACAACAUGCGAGGGAUCGGCGACUACGGCAAGGCCGGGGCCGCGGAGGUCGUGUCGGUGACAAUUCCUUCGUCGAAACUGCCCGAGUUUUCGAAGGCGUACUUCGACAUGUUCGUGAAAUACGACAACGGGGCCGGGCGAAUUUUCAUGGAUCGGCGUGACCCUCAGGACCGAGGAGGGGAGUACAGGUCUCUGCUGGGCGUGCCGGGUGGUCUCUCGGGGCCAAUGGCGGAUCCCAUCAAGCAAGAGGCCGCCGCGCGGGGGCUGGCGCUGAGGGAGGGGAACGGAGGCGACCCUGACACUCUCAUGAGGAACACGGUGUUUGUCAUGGACACGGCAACGUUCCCGUUCUUCAAGGGCGAGAUCUACCACCAGUUCCACAACGACAUGUCUGAGGACUACGGUCGCAAGUACAACAACUUGCGGAAGCAGUACGCCGAGGAGGGCACGAUGCAGGAAACCGGCUGCCCGGAGAAGUUCAUGUAG